CCCCCACUAGCUUAGCAUCUACGUAGACAUACACCGCAAUAGGGAGAUAACCGCAUUCACAAAUAUAUGUAUCUAUAUUUUCCCCCCCAUACAGCGGAAGCACAACUUGUUGCGCUUGUGUCGUCGUCAACGUCAGGAUGUCCCAAGUGGAGGUGAGCGAGGGCACCGUGGAGGCGCCAGGCUGCACGUCGCCACUUUUCUAUCGACAAAGUCGAGCGUCGUCGGGAGAGGCCGAGAUGUCCGUUUUGCUUCUUCACGGCCGCCGCUUCUCCUCGGAAAACUGGCUCAAGAUCGGCACUCUCCACGCGCUGGCCGACGCCGGCUGCCGAGCCGUCGCCGUCGACCUUCCGGGACUGGGCCGCUCCAGCUCAGCGGAGGCGCCGGCGGCCGUGGGCGAGCUGGUGCCCGCCGCGUUCCUGACGGACGUGUGCGAGCGACUGCGGCUGGGCCCCGUGGUGCUGAUCAGCCCGUCGCUCAGCGGCAUGUACUCGCUCCCUUUGCUGCUGCAACAGCCGCACAUGCUGCGCGCUUACAUCCCAAUCGCGCCCAUCUGCACCGACAAGAUCAGCGCCCAACAGUACCGCAGCAUCAAGGUGCCGACGCUGAUCGUGUACGGUGACGGCGACACCGAGCUGGGGGAGGUGUCGCUUAGCAACCUGAGUCAGCUGCCCAAUCACAGCGUGGCCGUGAUGAAAGGGGCGGGGCACGCCUGCUACCUGGACGACCCGGAUGCGUGGCACCGGCUCCUCGUGGACUUCCUCGCUAAACUUUGAGCCCGGCGAGGACUGGCAGAGGCGAUGUUGGUCUGAAUGGAGGUCAGAGAGGUUCUUUCUUUUUAUAUUUUGCUGAUAAUAUACAAGACUACACCAUACCGCUGACUAAUAACCGUUGAAACGUCACAGCUGUG